UAUAAUCCAUAAAAAUGGAGGACCUCCUCAACUACCUUUGUAACCUCACGAAAACCCUUGAACCACCUGAGAGUGAAGAUAAAGAUGAACAAGAUAGGAUAUAUAGGUUCUGGGGAGACCUUGUAGGAGAGGGAGAGACAUAUGAGCAAAAGUAUGGUAUUGAUGAGUAUAUGAAAAUACUUGAUUCACUUCAGAACUGCUCUAGUGAAGAACUUCAGGCAAAAACUAAAGAAAUAGAACUCAAAGUGAUUGAACUUGAUAUGAGAGAGUCUAAAAUUAUGGAAAAGAAGGUCUUAUAAGAGGCAGAUUAGACUUCUAUUACCAACUGAGACUAUAAAUAUUCCAUUAUGGACACACUCGCUUAAUUUUCCUCAAAUAAUUGUUCA